AUUUCCCUCUCUUUUCUUCCCAACCCCAAAUAACUUUAUAUUUCCUCUCUUCUCUAGAUAACCCCACUGAGUUCGUCUAGAGACAAACCUAAUUACAGACAAAUAUGGGCACUCUUUCUCUUUCUUUCCUCUUCCUCUUGUCUUCCCUUCUCCUUCUCCCGUCCAUCAUUGCCUCCUCCUCUCCCCUAUCUAAUCCUCAAGCUGUUGUAGAUGAAGUACAUAGGAGUGUAAAUGCUUCGAGAAGGAACUUAGGCUAUCUAUCUUGUGGUACCGGAAAUCCUAUUGAUGAUUGCUGGCGUUGUGAUCCCAACUGGGAGAAGAACCGCCAACGAUUAGCUGAUUGCGCCAUUGGCUUUGGCAAAAACGCCGUUGGUGGUAGGGAUGGUAAAAUUUACGUGGUCACCGACUCAGGUGACGACGAUCCUGUCAACCCAAAGCCGGGGACUCUCCGUCAUGCCGUUAUCCAAACUGAACCGUUGUGGAUAAUUUUUGCUAGGGAUAUGGUUAUUCAAUUAAAAGAAGAACUUAUUAUGAACUCAUUCAAAACAAUUGAUGGUAGAGGUGCGAGUGUACAUAUUGCGGGCGGUCCAUGUAUAACAAUACAGUACGUGACGAAUAUUAUUAUACAUGGAAUUCAUAUACAUGAUUGUAAGCAAGGAGGUAAUGCUAUGGUGCGGAGCUCCCCAUCGCACUACGGGUGGAGAACGGUUUCCGACGGUGAUGGAGUGUCGAUAUUUGGUGGGAGCCAUGUUUGGGUGGAUCAUUGCUCUUUGUCUAACUGCAAAGACGGCUUGAUUGACGCCAUUAUGGGGUCCACAGCUAUUACAAUUUCUAAUAAUUUCAUGACUCACCAUGAUAAAGUUAUGCUCUUGGGACACAGUGAUUCUUAUGUUCAAGACAAAAAUAUGCAAGUUACCAUUGCUUUCAAUCACUUUGGCGAAGGCCUUGUCCAACGAAUGCCAAGAUGUAGACAUGGUUAUUUCCAUGUGGUGAACAAUGACUACACCCAUUGGGAAAUGUAUGCAAUUGGUGGAAGUGCUAGUCCCACCAUCAAUAGCCAAGGGAACAGAUUUCUUGCCCCUGAUAUUAGGUUUAGCAAAGAGGUAACGAAACACGAGGAUGCUCCAGAAAGUGAAUGGAAAAAUUGGAAUUGGAGGACUGAAGGAGAUUUAAUGUUAAAUGGUGCAUAUUUUACACAAUCAGGAGCUGGAGCUAAAUCAUCAAGUUAUGCUAAGGCUUCAAGUUUAAGUGCAAGGCCUUCUUCUUUGGUCAGCAAUUUAGUAUCUGGUUCUGGUGCUCUCAAUUGCCGAAAGGGUUCUCGUUGCUGAUUAAGGGAAAUUAUUUAACUUGGUCUUAUUUUUCUAAAGUUUGGUUUUAGACAAAAAAUUAAAAAUGAUAUGAGAUUUGAAGAAAAACCAUGUAAUGAAGGAGGAAAAUUAAAGAAAGGACAGAAAGUGUAGGUCCUAAUAUAUGACUAGGGGCGUUGCACUUUUAUUGUCUUUUUGCCUCCCUUCAAUUUUUUUUUUUACCUUUUCCUUUUUUUUUUUUUUAAAUUUACUUUUAUCCUUUUUGACUUGAUUGUCAAAUACAACCUCGGUCUGCCAUUCUCAGCAGUUGGGACUUUAUGCGGUUCUGUUGGUUUUAGAAUUUAGAGAAAGGCAAGUUCAGAAGUGUUGAUAUAUACAUCAAUAUAUGUAUUUAUUUUUGAAUA